GAGUGGCCGAUAGUAUGGCGUCGUCGCAGCGCGUCCAGCGGCUCCGACGGGCGAUCGAGGACGAGCGCCAGCGCCAGAACGAGUGCAAUGUCUACUUGGGCGCCAGCAAGAGACGACUCACUUCGUGCAAGCAGUCGCCGACGACGCGGUCGGUGAUUCGCGUGGCCUCGACGACCUCGAUCGUCAGUCGACGCGGUCGGGCCCGCGCCUGUGACUGGCAGUCGUCGUACCAGCUCGAGCGCGGCGAUUGGGCGGCGCCGGUUCGCGUGGAUAUUGCGUGCGUUCGCUCGGAUGGCAAGGAGCAGACGCGGCAGCGCAUUGCAGCGGCGCGUAUUGCCACGUGGUGCUGGCGCCAACGCGUGCGUGCCAAGGUCCAGGCCCAGGCCUUUGGCACCAUUGAGACACUGCCGAGCCAGCUGGCCCAGCACAAGCUCCAGAGGCAGUCUCCGCGCGAAGUGCUGCGGCGCAUCCAGGCAGAAAUUGCGGCCAAAGCCACGUUCCAGAUCCAGACACGCGCCGCGCGCGUCCUGCAGCGCUUCUUCUCCAAGGCACUCUUGCGCCUCGGGAAGAAGAGCCACGUCCUCGUCGCCGAGGCGUCGCGCAAGCAGCGUCAGCUGGACUCUAUGAAACGCGACCGCGCAGUGCGCUACAUUCAAGCCAUGUACCGCAACCGUCAGGCGCGGCAGCAACACAGUGCAUGGAAGGUGAGUCGGAGCAAGGCUAACUACUGCCGUAUCAUGGUGCUCGAGGCCGAGUACAAUGGACGGCCGUCUGCUAUCGCACUGUUACAACUCUCGAGAGCCUACGCCGAGUUGGCGUCGCAGCCCGUGUACGCCGACGAGCAGCUACUGCUAGCCCGCUGCAGUCUUCUCUUCGUCUCGAAAGCCAUUGCCUUUGGUCACGUGCCCGAAAACCCACGUGACUUUUGGCCGGCGCUCGCUGCUCGGUUCGUGGAUCUCUGGCGACGCGGUGGACACGUCGAGAUUCCGCUUUUGCAACAAGCAGCCCACGCCUACGAGACUGCGCUCGCGCUCACGCCGUCAGCCUCGGAGAUGUGGCUCGCGUACAUUGAAGUCCUCUUUGAACUCGGACUCUACUGCCAAACGCUCAAAGCCUGUGAUCAGUACGCCCGAACACUCGAGCACACGACGGCCGGUGCUCCCCGGCGACGCCGCCACGCGCGCCCCAUCGCCAUUUGGCGCUUCCAAGUGCAGUCCUACUACCACGUUGGUGACGUGGACGCGGCGCUUGGCCUUCUAGAGGACCAGCGCCAAGAGUCCCACCCGCAGUACAGCUCUAUGGAGCUCUUAUUGCUGCUGACGCGCUGCCAUGACGUGGCCAAACCCCUGUGCCACAACCCGUACUACGACGAGCUGCUCCACGCGCUCUACUCGGCCGACGACAUUACGCGACACGAGCUCACGCCCGAGAUGCUCGUGGCAACGCCAGGACUCUUUACGGAUCUCGCGCUCACGUGCGCGGCGCGACGCGACUUUCCUUGGGCCGUCGACCUCCUCGAAUGCAGCUUACGGGGCGUCGACCGACCAUCGCACGACCACCUGCAUGCGCUCGCACAGAGCUACUUUGGCGUCGGCAACCUCAAGAAAUGUGCGACGGUGCUCCUCCGCGUCCGCGGCUCGGCGACGACUGCGUGGUUUGCGCAGGUGCAGCGCCACGCAACUCUGUUUGAGGCCCAGCACCGAAUUAGCGUGCUGCAUCUCCGACGGGAGCUCCACGUGGCCUUGUAGCGCGAUGGCAUUGAUCGUACACUAUUUCCGUAAAAUGUUGAAGGCGGCCACGU